UACCUGCGCCUGAGCCGAGCCGCAUUCCGUUGCCUACCUCCGCGAUUGGCCGUCGACAUUCGAAGCCUUCGGGUUCAAAUUUUAUAUUUAGAAAGUCAGUUAUACGUUGUGGAUUGUGUUACGUUCCUUAUUGGGAUGGGAAAUUUAUAAAGAGCGAGGAUGUCGCGGCUGGUGCUAGCGCUGGUGGUGGCGGGCGCGUCCGCGCAGCUCACCCUGGACGGCGUGCGCUGCGGGCAGCUGCUGUGCCAGCAGGACCAGUACUGCUCGCCGGAGACCAACCGCUGCGCGCCCUGCACCCUCAUCUGCAACACCACGCAUCACAACUACGACGCGGGGCUUUGUGUUAAGGAAUGCCAAGGUUAUCUGUUGGAUCUGCGGUACAUGCGCCGGUCGCAGGGGCCCGAAUCCACUACAGAUUAUGACAGUGUGGAGCGGCAGGCGCGCGCUGCGCUCAUCCUCAGCGGCGUGGCGCUCGCCGUCCUGUUACUGGCCCUGGUGCUCAUCUGCCGCGCCAAAUUUUCCUGGCGGUAUAUUAAACAGAAGUUCCAGCCUACAAAGAAUCGAGUAAAGCAGUAUCCCGCAACGGGACUCACCCAUCACAACCCUCACGCGGAAAUGCCGAAACCGAAAUCAGAACUUAAAUUAGACAUACCGAACCCUGAACCCCUAAAACGGCCGCAGCCCCUAAACGCGCGAGACCUGGAGACCAGGACCUCGCAGACCGAGAAGAGCCAGGGGGCCACGACCCCCAAGACGAUGAGCACGGCCCUGAGCAACCGCCACCCCGCCGAGGACACCACAUUGGACUUCUCGUAUGACAACAUGGCCAUGAACGUCACUCCUCCCGAGCGCGCCACGGCCACUCACAAGUUCUAAUGCUCAGCGGUAGGCACCUGAUUCAGCCCGAUUUAGACGAUGCGAGAACUCGCAUGCGAGUUUCAUACCAGUUUUGAUUGGUCGGUUGAAUUGGACGUAACCAACUCAGUCCACAAUGUAACUAAAAUCGCAUGCGAUUUCGCGCGCCGUCUAAUUCAGCCUUUAAUCUUUAACUAUUAAGAAUGUUCUUAGUAAUCUCUUUUUAUCAACGACACGAAUCUGAGCGACUAUAGUCAUCGUCUAUUUUAAAUCGUAGAUUCCUUCGAUAGUUGCAACUUGCACCUAGCAUGUAGGUACUAUUUAUUUUGGGUAAUAUUUAAGUUUGAUUAGUCGAAGCGUUUUGAUAGUGUGCAACCCUUCGUAGAGCAGCUCAAGUAUUGAUUUUGAGAUUAUAAUGUAGGCAUUCUAUUUUUUCCGAUAGGUAUCAUCUUACGCAAGCGAAUAAAAUAAUAUUUAUACGAAUAAUUCGACUGAAGGAGGAAUAAAUACAUCUUUUACUUAUUAAUUAUAUAAUGGAAUACUACAUUUAAAUGUAAAAAAAUAUACUUAAAUAGGAACUAUUUAAUCAAAAUAUCUUAGAGGUCAUAGGAUGGAUCAAAUCAAAUGGAAUUAUGGAUAAGUACGAAAGCAAUUAAAAUUAAUUAGAACCAUUCUUAAAUUGAAAGAUUAGUGUUUCAUAAGAGUUAUAGCCAUGUACCUACCCGUAAAUCUCCAGUAGCAUCACAUUGUAUUUAAUGUUAGAAAGAUUUUAGAACUACAGGUAAUUGUAAUAUUUUAUAUUAGUUAUUAUAGGGUAUGGUGAAGGAUGGCUGCGUUUUGCUCAAGUCAUUGCUUACUUGGUAUAAUGAUAAAGGGAAAGCAGGAGUAUUUAGUUAAGGUGGUCAAAAUCGGGUUGUAUAGGGUCUACAUUCACCUACGUUAAGUAGUUCCCAGCAUUCAGAUACGUCGGGGAAUGAGGGGGAUGUAAACAAUAUACUUAUAGUUAGACGUAAGAAAAUGUUUCUUUCAAAGAGGAUUAAAUUACUAAAAUUGAUUAGGUAAUUACAUACAGAGAACUACAAAAUUGCGUAGACUCCACUUUACGAAUGAAUUCACCCUGCAGCCGAAAUGCAUUCCCACUUUGUGAAUAAAAGGAUUAAUGGUAUACAAUAUUUCGUCGUAGAUCGUAUCAGAUAUUAUUGCGUCCUUCGUUGUGUAACAAAUUAUUGCAGGUGACUGUACGUACAUGUACGUAGUAUAUGCACAUUAUGCCCAAAUUAUAAAAAAAUGUAAUAGGUAUUUAUUGGAUAAUUAGUGGAGUGUUUUCAAUGCUCACUCUGGACACAUUUUUGAUGAAUCGGCUCUAUGAAUAGAUUAUAUAGAUUAUGAAGAAUUUUUUAGGUAUAGGUAUAGUAUUUUCGAUCCAGAUAAGCGAAAAUUCUUUCUUAAUCUCUUAGCAUUUCUACAAAUUUGUAUAGGGAAGUGAUUGACUUAAUUCUUUAGGGGUCAAACAUAUUUUAGAAAAACGCCACUUUUGUGGACGAUACAACAGUAAACGUUAACGACUCGGCUACAUACUACAUAGACACGUUGUAAGUAUAUAUCACGUUUUUCUUAUUUGAGUCUAUAGAAUACCUAACAACUAAAACAAAUAAUGACCCUAUUAUGACCCUCGAUUGUAAAAUUCUCUAUAUAUGUAUUUCAGUUAUCUUGUUUUAUUUUGUGUAGAUCGAGUUCGACUCGGGUUAAACAUUCAGCAUGGCUGGAGUAGGUUUGCUUAAGAGAUGGAAUUGUGUGUGUUGGACCAUUAUAAAUGUAUACUCAUGGUCAAAUUUACAGGAACGCAAUAAAACAGGUUUAAUUACUGGAUUACAGCACCUAAAGUAGUAGUAGUUUUGCGUUCCUUAAGUUUGUCCAUGAAUGUAGUCACUUAUUGUGCUGUUAACUUUUUUGAAUUUAGAGUUGGGUGCUUCUUCAUAUAUUAAUACUUUGUUAGUGAACAAAAGUAUUUAAUUUUUUCGGUAUACAAUAUUUACAUAUCUAAUUGAUCGAGAGACGAGAGAAGUGUUAAUAAUGAAUGGUUGUACACAUAACUCUUAAGAGAUGUUUCAUCUAAAUUAACGAAACCAUUUGUAUUUGAGAAUGAGAUAAUUGAUGGACCACCAGAGCACUUAUUAUUUUUAAUACUGAUUGACAACUUGGCAUUGCGGCCGCUAAAUUAUGUGGAAAGUGUCUGCUACAUUUUUUACAACAAUAGUUAUGAAAGGUGACAGCACAAAAAAGUUACAUUAGUACUAUUAGUGUUCGCACGCAUGGUACCUACGACACAAUGACGUGGAGACUUUUUGUUAUUUAACACCUAAAAAACAUCAAACGUGCGAAAAUACCUGAACUGAUGGUUUAACUAUAGGUACCUACAUAUAUAAUUAUAUGUUAAUUGUAGGUAUAUUUAGCAGAGACAGCAAGCAGUGUUUGGUAUGAAAAUCUAAGAAUAAUUUACGGAACUAGAAAACAGGUUUGCAACUUAAAUGAGUCCUCAUCUAUCUAAAGAAUAAUGUUCUCAAUCAAAAGGUACUAAAUAUUCAUAGUCAAAUGACACCUUCGUAUUAAAAUUUAAAAUGUAUAAAUGCCGACAGCAUCUAGGUCCGUAGGUCCAGCUUUCUAGUAGAUCAAUAUAUUUCUUGAGAAAAUCGUCUUUUGCUAGGAUAAAUGCAAAAUGUUAAAAAAUACGUUUUAUGCCAGCACAAAAUAAACGUCAAUUUGGUAUACCAAUAUUUGAGGUUAUAGGCAAUUUUGCGUAUAUCCGGCGGAUUCAAAUCCGCCGAAACAAUGCAUAUAUCCUAAAUUGGUAGUGACAUGUCGCAAAAAUCGUUCACAGGCGAAAGCGCUGUCCACCGCUAUCUGCUGCAGCGCCACGAGCUAUUUGUUUGACUAACGAGCAGAGCGACGGUUUUAAUGUCGGUCCAUCCACCAAACUGAAGGUUGAGUAAUACCGUCAUUUCGGCAACGGAGCGGUUCAAUGCAUUCCAAAAGUCUUUAUGAAUGUAUUAUUUAAAACGUUGCAUGUGCGCUGUUCGUUUAACUGGCACUUACUUUAAUACUUAACUUUGUUAACACAAUAACAGAUUGUUAUACCGUCAAACAAUAAUGAAGUAUUAUUACCAAACAUCACAAGUCGUAUUAAGACAGAAGCCUUUACUAAUCGCCAACGCUCUAUUGCACGACGGAAAUGUUUUUAUUAUUUUGAGUACCUAGUAGUAUGAGUAAAAUAUAAAAACACAAACAAUAUAUUUAUAAACACAUUAUGAAAAACCUAACUUAAAAUUACUCAACUUUCACGAUCUUCAUCAUGAUAAUGCCACCUUAUUUUCUACAACGGAGAUGGUUAUCUGAAGUGGAAAAUAUCCGAGUUAUGUUAACCAACUUUCAAUCGCUCUUUAUCAAAACCGAUACAAACAGGUACCACGUGUGUGGUCUCUUUCUUUCUAUUUCUAUCUUAUUUAUACAAUCAGUCCUCGCUGUCAGUUUCUUAACGAUUCCAAACCCAGUAAACGAACCUAUACAUACUUAUAUAUAUAUAUAUAUAUAUGUGCUUUAUUUUUCUUUAAAUAUCACUUUAAGACUACAUUACGUACCUAACACACACAAGUUAUUAUAAAAGUUGCCUUAUAAAGGUUUUUGAUUUGUACAGUAGUAGUAUAACCUUUAAUUUUAAAUAAGGACCGUCCAUACAUUACAUUCCAUUAGAUUAGUAGGUAUAAGUUACAAAAAGAAUGUUUUUUAGGUGAGUAGGCUAUCGAAUUAAAUUAUUUUUAAGAGAUUUCAAAAAAUGUUUGCUGAAGUGAAUACCCACUUCCUAUAAAGUGAGUAUACUUGAUUCAGCUCAGAUUAAUGUCCCGUAUAAACCUAUUAAAUUUGCUCUUGAAUAGUCGAUGUUAUUAGCGUUCGCUUGCUAACUUGGUAAUCCGAUCCAAUCCUUUGCUCCCGCUUGUUAUAUCUGUAUAACAAAUUGAUAGUUCCCUAGCUCGAUGUCAAAUAGAGUCGCGUCGGCCUGGUGCUAGUGGUGCAGAUGCUAAUAAUCUAGAUCAGCGGUCGGCAACCUUUUAGCAGCCAAGGGCCACAUAAUAGUUAACGAAGAUGACGCGGGCCGCACUUUGGUAAUAUUUGUGACUUUAGCAGACAUUGUCGUUCUUCAGUGCUACAUACAAAAUAGCCAGGGAGGCUCGCGGGCCGCAUGCGGCCCGCUGGUUGCCGACCGCUGAUCUAGAUGGUAUUUUAAUACCUAUAAUUGGGGCUCAUGCAAUGAAUAGCUAUACGUAUACUGUAUGAUGUAUGCACAGUCAGAAAAACGCUAAAUCAUCUUAAUAAUUAAUAAAUCAUAUCAAAUACAUCGGUGAGGCAUUGAGGAAAAACUGGCUUUUGCAUGAAGACAUUAUACCGCUUUCCAAUAGACAUGUAACUCUUGUAUUCGGCCAUUACUUAUGAGAUAUUUGUGAAACUAACUCCUCUGAGCAGUUACACUAGUAAGAGUGACAGCUACAUAUCGAUGUGAUAUGGCACUUUAAAAAAAUAGUGACUGACGAGUCUAAAUAAUAAGCCCACUGUUUUGGUUGGCCCAAUGGAUGAUGUAAUAUUAUUUGUUUGUUAAUUUUAAAAUGGUUUUAGUUUAGUUAUUUUAUAGUCGUUAUUGUACUCUUGUGGCAAUAUGUACUUAAGCAUUGAAUGUAAAAAAAUACUAAAAUAAAUUGGAUUUUGUUAAUUUUAAACCUAGGGGUAAGUUUAGAAAAAUAUUUAGUUUCAAUCAUGUGGUUUCUAUAAAUUACUCAAUGCAAUCUCUAUAGAUUACAGUCAGCAUCAAUAUUAAAAGAUGUAACAACGCACAGAAAAAAUGACACCCUGGAAUACUUUUCUAAAUAGAAAUAUUAUAUCUCUACAUUUCACGUUCAAACAGUAUCUGUUAUGAUUGAAUAGUUACGAGUAUAUACUAAUAUAGAGACAAAGGUACAUGUAUAUGGAAUGAUAGAUACUUUGGUACACGUAGUCUGAUGAUAUCUACUUUUGAUGCUGACUGUAUUCCCCUGGAUAACUACUCGUUCGAUGGAUGGCCAUCGGAGCCUUUGAAAUGACGUUUCUCAGACAUUUAAGAAAAUGAGAAAUAUUCUUCGGAAUCAAAUCACAAUGACACAUAUACUUCGGGAAAUACAUUUUAGUGACUAAAUCUAGAUCUGGAUAUCAUCGUAUAGAAUACGACGAAUUAUUCAUACAAUAUAAACCACUAAACAUUUAGGUCCAGUACCUUUUAUAUUUAUAAAUAGGAUAGUGUAAUUCUUAGCUACUUAGGUAUUUAACAAGUAUUUGGAUAAUUUGUACAAUUUGUAGCCCUCAGGAAGUCCGUCCAAUAUUUAAGACUAAUGACAAUCAAUCACGUCCAUUGAUAGUCCUUGAUGUGUAAGUUUACAAAUAUACAUAUCUUGUUUAAGUCACGUUUUAAUGUAAACUUAGGUAUAAGUACCUAUAUUAAUAAAUACUUGUAAUAAAUGUUUAAUUAUUA